AUGCCGCGCCUAUACCGCCGUUCGCAGCUCCCCUUGCACAUCAAGCGGGCGAUUUGUGCCCAGCAUGUGAGCAACCCCAACAUGCGCCAGGUCGAUCUGGCGCGUUGGUGUUUCACGCGUUACGGGAUCCGUCCCGAUCGUUCUACCAUUGGGCGGGUCCUGAAAAGCGCUGACAGAUGGAUCGCCCCGAAUACCAACACUGUGCGUGUGCGUGGCGGCGCAUAUCCGGAGCUCGAGCACGCCAUGGUGCGCUGGGUCCGCAACGCCGGCCCCGCAGUUGUCCCUCUGACCCUCGCCACCAUCCGCGACCACGUCGCGGUCAUCGCGCGCGGUAUGAAUCUGCCCCCCACGUUCCGCUGCUCCGUGGGGUGGGUGCGCCGCGCUAUGCGUCGCCAUGGCAUUCGUUGCCGCAGCGCCACCGGCGAGGCGGCCGACCAGGACCACGCUGCGGUGCGCACUUGCCAGCAGCAACUCCCGCAGCUCCUUAUGUACCUCGCCCUUUGUCCUUGCGACGUCUACAAUUUUGAUGAGACCGCUCUGUACCUGUCCGUCUUGCCGCGCAAGACGUACGGAGGUGCGCGUGUGGCGGGGCGCAAGCUGGCGAAGCAGCGUCUCACCGUCGGGCUUCUUGUUAACGCGGAUGGGAGCCACGCCUUCCGCCCAUUGGUGAUUUCGAAGUUGAAGCGCCCGCGGGAUUUCCUGCCUGACUACGACCCGGAGGAACUCUGUUAUUGGCGUAGCAACGCCAAGGGUUGGAUGACCGCCCCUAUAUUCACUCAUUUCAUUGGCCAGCUCAACGCCGCCAUGGUCGCCGAGGACCGCAAUAUUGUCAUAUUAGUUGACAAUGCGAGCAGCCACGCCGUGCAGAGUGAGGAUGCAGAAUCCGAGGACCUGUUCGGAUUCCGCACCCGCAUUCUAGGCAACAUACGCCUUGUCUUCCUGCCGCCCAACACCACGGCAUUCACUCAGCCGCUGGACCAGGGGCUGAUUGCCACCACGAAGGCGCGCUACCGCCAGCACUGGCUCCGCGCGGUCACUACCCUGUGGCAGGAGGGCGGCUCUACCACAGCCUUGGCGCGCUUUCGCCCGAACAUGCGGGAUGUCAUCGCAUGGCUCUCUGAGGCAUGGAUGAACAUCCCCGCCCGCACCAUCCAGCGUUGCUGGUGGCGCACAGGCUGUCUGCCCCGCUCCUGGGCAAUGGAUCUAGCUCAUGUCGGCCGCGACGGUCUAGCGGCAACAGGCGCCGGCGUGAAUGCCGCGCUCCCCAUCGAUCUCGACGAGGACAUCGGCGACGUGGGCAUCAUGAUCGCCCGGCUUGGCCUCGGGCCAAGCGCAAUGCCCGCCGCCGAGUUCGUCGCCAUCGACGACGACCAGCCAACGUGCGCGGAGCCGGGCGAGGAUCCGCUGGCCAUUGAGCCGCGCACGCCGUAUUCCAGUACGUCAUGGGAACCACCCUCCACCAUGCAGGAGGUUUACGACGACGACCACCCCGAGAGCCGCGAGGCGAGGCGCUAUGCGAGGGCGGCCAGCGAGAUGCUGAUUGGCUAUGCCAAAGCUACCGGCAUCACUCCGCGCAACCUGUGCGCACUCUUCGAGAUCAAGAACCCCGUCAUCGUCGACCGCAUGGAGCGCGCAAGCCCGGCGCUGAACCUGAACGCCGCGCCUCCUCCCACUGCCCGGAUGCUCGCCUCCGCGAGCGCCGCUCCUUCGCAGGCAACGCCCGACGUCGCGGCCGCGGCGACUCCUCGUCGCCGCGGUCGCGUCCUUCCUGCGUGGAUGACUGCGCCGGCGCUGACCCGCCAGCAGCUAAUUGACUCUGGCGUGAAUGCCGUGAUGAAUGGCUACAUCGAUGCUGCAGAGUGGAUGACCAUGUGA